CUGUAUUUGAUUCAAACGGAAUUGAUGUACAUUUUCUCAAUCGUCCAUCAAUGCCUAAUGUAACUAAUAUUCAACAAGUUGUUGAAUCAUUUAGUCUAUGUCCAGCUGGAUUAACACCACUUACACUAGCUUUAAGACGAAUUUUUCAGUUGGCAGCAAAUCAAUCUUGUAGUGAUAAACGUUUACUUGUAUUGGUACCUACCGAUGGAACUUCAACAAAUCGCAAUGAAAAUGUUGAUAUACAAAGUUUAGAAAAUUUAAUGCGCAAUGAACGUCAAGCAAGUACAACAUAUGUAACAUUUCUUGCUUGUACAGACAAUGAAUCAAAUGUGAGUUAUUUAUCAAAAUGGAAUCGCACAAUGACGAAUGUUGAAUUUAUUGCUGAUUAUAUAACCGAACGAGAAGGAGUACGUCGUACUCAAGAAUAUAAAUAUCCAUUUUCAUUUGGAGAUUAUGUUGUAAAAGCAUUAUUUAGUGCAGUUGGUUUAUAA